AUGAUCAACGAACCCGGGGGUGAAGUGAUAAAAGCUGGGGGUAGGGAAGGAGUAACCGCAAUCCUAGCAUCCAUAUAUAACCAGGACCAGACAAUGAGCCGAGCCAGUAAGAUAACCUUUGGCGUUUCAUGCGCGGUGACGCUAGCGACCAUCAUCGGCGUGCACUAUGUGCAGGAGCUGGAGCGGGAGACGCUGCACCAGGGGCCCAUCAAGGACGCGAAGCGUGUUGCUGAGAAGAAGAAGCUAAUGCCUGCGGGCACGGACGAGAAGAAGCUGCUGAACAGGAGCGAGCACGAGCUGCAGCAGGAGCUCCGAAAGAAGUACGAGUCCAUGCAGCCUCUGAGCGGCGAGGUCGUCACCCAGGAUGGCGAGCGUGUCAAGUGA